UUUCUUUCGAACUGCACUUCCUGAGAAAAUUUGUUUACAAGUGCAUAAAAAUAGGAAUGACCUGAAAACAGAAAGAAUGACAUUAACUUAAUGAUUAAGUAAUUAAAGUUAGAAAGACAUUUCCUUCAAUGGAGAUUGUGACAAAACUGAGUGCUCUGGUACAACAUAGAUAACUGCUAUGGAGAGGUAUGAAAUAAUUCACAGACUCGGGGCAGGAGGUUGUGGCGCUGUGUACCUGGCCCGCAGCAAUGAAACCAAAAAGUACUGUGCAUUAAAGAAAAUUGAGUUGGAUGAAAAAAGGAAGAACAGAACAAAAGAGGCAGUACAAAAAGAAGCCAGAAUUCUAGAAAAAUUGAAGCAUCCCCAUAUUGUAUCUUACCAUGAAUCAUUCUUCGAUGAACAUGAACAUUUUUUAUACAUAGUACAAGACUAUUGUGAUGGAGGUAACCUUGACGACAAGAUCAAAGAGGCAGCUAAUAAAAAGAAGCAUUUUGAGGAAAAACAGAUUAUGAAUUGGUUUGUACAAACUCUGAUGGCCGUCCAGUACAUACAUUCCAAUAAGAUUCUUCAUAGGGAUCUGAAGACAGAAAAUGUGUUCCUGACAAAGAAAAAUGUUGUUAAACUCGGUGAUUUCGGUAUAUCUAAGGUCCUAGACAGUACCAUUGAUGUGGCAAAAACUGUGGUUGGGACACCAUCCUACCUUAGCCCAGAGCUCUGUCAGGAUAUUCCAUACAGCUCCAAGUCUGAUAUCUGGGCAUUAGGUUGUGUCCUCUAUGAGAUGAGUUCCCUGUGUCCCCCUUUUGAUGCCCAGAAUCUCGUCAGCCUGUUGUUUAAAAUAAUCAAAGCCGAGUAUCAGUCCAUUCCAUCCCAGUAUUCCAAGUCUUUACAUGACCUUGUGACCUCCAUCUUACAAAAAACUCCGGAGGACAGGCCAAGUGCCAGUGCCCUCCUAAACAUGUCCUACGUAAAACAGCAUCUGGCAGAAUUCAUACAGGAGAAGGAAAGCUUACUCCAGUUAAAGACCAACAAAGAAAACUCUAGAUCCUCCCCACAUCUCAAUGUAACAGACCAGUCAGGAAGUAAGGCAAAUAGUGCAAACAAUUCAGUGUCGGCCAGUCCAGCUAUAAAUAGACGACGGGAAUCUCCAGAGAAAGCCCCAAAAUCAGCACAGCAGAAAGACAGUGGCCUAGUGAUGAAUGACAUGAAUGGUGAUGGGAAGGCGGACUAUUCCGAUGAUUUUGACUCUUCUGAUGAGGAAGAUAUCGCUGAUAACUGUGAGAUGGCAGCAGACAGCUCUGAUGCUGAGUACGAUGACGAUUUUGAGGAGUAUGACUCUAGUGAGGAUUUAGACGAGAUUGUAACUCAGGCCCGCGAGGCUCAGGAACUCGAACCAGUAGAUGUUUAUUUCGCUGAUGACAAGAUUUUACAACAACAGUUCAGACAGACAGCCGUCUUUAAAAGGCAAUGUAUAGAGAACCUUGGUGCUAAGAAUUUGAAGGAGGUGGACAAAUUGAUACAGAAUGGGACCAUUACAGAGGAGGAUCUCAAACGGACCUUGUACGAAGACCCUGAUUUCCCGGCAAGUGACAGAUCACUCUUCUAUAGUUACAGACCAAACAUAAGACCCAUCUUCUGGAAAAGACCGCAUGAAAUCGUAUCAUUCCCUAAAUUCACUGCCAAUGGAUUCAGUCGAUUUGACCUGCUACAAGGAAAGUUGGGUAACUGUUGGUUGGUUGCUGCCUUUUCUUGUCUUACAUUGGCUCCAAACUUAGUUAAAAGGUGCAUUCCAGAAAACCAAGGAUUCACCAAAAAGUAUGCAGGAGUCUUCCACUUCCGGUUUUGGAGAUACGGAGAAUGGAUUGACGUUGUCAUUGACGACCGUCUGCCGACCAUCAAUGGAGAGUUGAUCUAUCUCAGAAGUUCUGAUAAACAAGAAUUUUGGCCUGCUCUGUUUGAAAAGGCUUAUGCAAAAUGUUACGGAUCCUAUGAGAACAUCAGUGGGGGUCUGACGAACUGGGCCCUCCAGGAUCUGACGGGAGGGAUCACAGAGACCCACCAGGUGUAUGAAAACCCCCGACUGAUACAGAGGAUACUGGACGUAUCCAUGACUAACGCGUCUCUUAUUGGAACCUUCAUAUCUACAAAUAUGACCCAAGGCCAGAGAAGAAGAUUAUCCAAUGGUUUAGUGACGGGACACGCCUACAGUGUUACAGGCUACGCACAAAUUCCGGUGAAAAAUGGCAUGAUCAUUUUGAUUCGCCUGAGAAAUCCGUGGGGACAUUUUGAGUGGAACGGGGCUUGGAGUGAUGGAUCACCACAUUGGGGAGCUUUAAGUCAGGAGGUUCUACAAAAACUAAAACCAACAAAUUCCGAGGACGGAGAAUUUUGGAUGUCGUUCGUUGAUUUUUCCAACAUUUUCACAAUGUUGGAGGUGUGUCACCUGGGUCCAGAAUGCUGGAAAUGUGAGCCCUUCAUCCAGCACCGAAAGUCGUGGGGAGCCGCUGUAGGACACAGAGAGUGGAGGGUGGGGUACAACGCCGGAGGGGCAGCCUCCUCACCUCUACUUUGGCACAACAAUCAAUUUUACCUCGAGGUGCCGUCUGCUUGUUGCGUCAUCAUCUCCCUUAUGCAGAAGUAUACAUUAUGUGGUGACGUCAGACAAUUCUUGUCAUGUGGAUGUCUUAUUUAUCAGGUUCCAAAGGAUCAAUCCUCCAGACUUACAGCGAAUUUCUUCAAUCACAACAGACUUUAUGCCACUACCGGUUUUAAAACUGAGAGAGAAAACGUGGGUUUCUUCAGAUUACCCGCCGGAUAUUACGUCAUUCUGCCCGUAACAAGCUUCCCCAACGUAGAGGGGAAAUACCUCAUCAGAAUAUUUACGUCUGGAAAAUGUAAAAUGCGGGAGCUUGAUGAUGAAGAUGCAAUGCUGUACAUACAGCCAGAAGACAAAUUUGCUGACCUGGAUGCCAGAUAUACACUUCACAAGCGUUUUUGUGCCCUUACCAAGCAGACAAAUAGACUUGAUGCAUUGGGACUACAGAAACUAUUGCAAACGCGCAUGCGCUCUCCUUCCCAUACUUGCUGCUUUCAAGUCACAAAUAAUUUCCACUUCAAACCGAUAAAACUCUCACUGCAAGCAUGUAAAGCAGCUAUAUCCAUAACAAAUACCGAUUUUAGUGGCAAGCUGAACUACGAUGAAUUCAGCAACCUGAUGCUCAAAAUCAUGAUGUGGCAGGGAGUGUACACUCAGGUCAGUGAGGAUAAAGUAGAAAUGGAUACCUACUGUCUGAGGAACGCCCUGAAAACCUUAGGUAUAACUGGAAGUAAUAAAACAAUUGAGGCCCUUGUCAUACGCUUUUCCUCUGAAGGAAAGAUGUCCAUGGAGAACUUCAUUAAUUGUGUAAUAAAGCUCGUCACGGGCCAUCAGCUCCACAGACGUCGACUCAAAGAGAAAACUGCCACCAAACUGCCCUCAUUACCUGAGCGCGCCAAUAGCCACGAGGAUGUACGCUCCAGUAUAAAUGAACCCCAGCUUCUCGUCAGCAUCGGAGUAUUUGGAGAAAUCGUCACUGACCAGGAGCCAGAUCCCUACCCCCAGCAUAGCACAUCCUAACAG